AGGGGCGGAGCGGUGGGGGCAGGGCCACAGCCGGAGGCCCAGGGUUCGUGGUGGCCCCGCCCUCGGCCCCUCCACCUCAGCUCUGACAUGGCCCUCAGAAGGACCGGGGAGCGGGCAAGGAAGGGAGGAGCUGAUCUUUUCAAAAAGAUCCCGGGGCAGAGUCCAGGGCGGCUCAAGGCUCCUCGCUCCGGCACUCGCCUGCCCAAGCCUGCCGAACCCUGAGCGCCCUGGGCCGGGCCGGGGCGGGCGGAGGCCGCCAUGAUCGCAGCCCUGGUCCUGCUCUGGACGGCAGUGCUGGGGGCUGCCUCCCCGAGCCCUCCCCGCCUCCGCUUCUCCUUCCAAGAGCUCCAGGCCCAGCACGGUCUCCGGACCUUCCGGCUGGCGAGGACCUGCUGCUACGAGGCCCUGCUGGUGGACGAGGAGCGCGGGCGCCUGUUUGUGGGCGCGGAGAACCACGUGGCCUCCCUGAGCCUGGACAACAUCAGCAAGCGGGCCAAGAAGCUGGCCUGGCCAGCGCCUGUGGAAUGGCGCGAGGAGUGCAACUGGGCCGGGAAGGACAUUGGUACCGAGUGCAUGAACUUCGUGAAGCUGCUGCACGCCUACAACCGCUCCCACGUGCUGGCCUGCGGCACCGGGGCCUUCCACCCCACCUGUGCGUUCCUGGAGGUGGGCCACCGGCCCGAGGAGCCCGUGCUCCGCCUGGACCCUCGGAGGCUGGAGGACGGCAAGGGCAAGAGUCCUUAUGACCCCAGGCACCGCGCCGCCUCCGUGCUGGUGGGGGAAGAGCUGUAUUCCGGGGUGGCCGCAGACCUCAUGGGCCGGGACUUCACCAUCUUCCGCAGCCUGGGCCAGCGUCCGAGUCUCCGAACUGAGCCCCACGACUCCCGCUGGCUCAAUGAACCCAAGUUCAUUAAGGUCUUCUGGAUUCCGGAGAGCGAGAACCCCGACGACGACAAGAUCUACUUCUUCUUCCGCGAGUCGGCGGUGGAGGCCUCGCAGGCGCUGGGACGCCGGUCCGUGUCCCGCAUCGGCCAGAUCUGCCGGAAUGACGUGGGCGGCCAGCGCAGCCUGGUCAACAAGUGGACCACGUUCCUGAAGGCGCGGCUGGUGUGCUCAGUGCCGGGCACCGAGGGUGACACACACUUUGACCAGCUCCAGGACGUGUUCCUGCUGCCCUCCAGGGACCGCUGGGCCCCACUGCUCUAUGCCGUCUUCUCCACGUCCAGCGGCGUCUUCCAGGGCUCGGCCGUGUGCGUGUACAGCAUGACCGACGUGCGCCGGGCCUUCCUGGGGCCCUUCGCACACAAGGAGGGGCCGACGCACCAGUGGGUGUCCUACCAGGGCCGUGUCCCCUACCCCCGGCCCGGCAUGUGCCCCAGCAAGACUUUUGGUACCUUCAGUUCCACCAAGGACUUUCCUGAUGACGUCAUCCAGUUUGCCCGGAACCACCCGCUCAUGUACAGCUCCAUCCUGCCCCUGGGGGGGCGCCCUCUCUUCCUACAAGUGGGUGCCGGGUACACCUUCACCCAGAUUGCUGCAGACCGAGUAGCAGCUGCCGAUGGCCACUACGACGUCCUCUUCAUUGGCACGGACGCUGGCACGGUGCUAAAGGUGAUCUCGGUCCCCAAGGGCAGCCGGCCGAGCGACGAGGGGCUGCUCCUGGAGGAGCUGCACGUGUUUGAGGACUCUGCCGCUGUCACCAGCAUGCAAAUCUCCUCCAAGAGGCACCAGCUGUACGUGGCCUCUCGGAGCGCGGUGGCCCAGAUCCCGCUGUACCGCUGUGCUGCCCACGGCCGCGCCUGUGCCGAAUGCUGCCUGGCGCGCGACCCCUACUGCGCCUGGGACGGGGCCGCGUGCACACGCUUCCAGCCCAGUGCCAAGAGGCGGUUCCGGCGGCAAGACGUGAAGAACGGCGACCCCAGGACGCUGUGCUCCGGGGACGCGGCCCAUCCCGCGCUGCAGGAGCGGAAGGUGUUCGGCGUGGAGGGCGGCAGCACCUUCCUGGAGUGUGAGCCCCGCUCGCUGCAGGCGCACGUGGAGUGGACCUUCCAGCGCGCAGGGGAGGGGGCCAGCGCCCCGGUGCCGGCGGAGGAGCGCGCGGAGCGCACGGCGCGGGGGCUGCUGCUGCGCGGGCUGCGGCGCGCGGACGCGGGCGCCUACCUGUGCGCGGCGGUGGAGCAGGGCUUCUCGCGGCCGCUGCGCCGCCUGGUGCUGCACGUGCUGAGCGCCGCGCAGGCCGCGAGGCUGGCCCGGAGCGAGGAGGCGGCGCCCGUCGCGCCGCCGGGCCCCAAGCUCUGGUACCGGGACUUCCUGCAGCUGGUGGAGCCGGGCGGCGGCGGCGCGAGCUCCCUGCGCAUGUGCCGGCCGCAGCCCGCGCCGCCCGAGCCCCGGAGGAAGGGUCGCAACCGGCGGACGCAGGUCCCCGAGCCGCGCGCCGAGCGGGGGCCCCGCAGCGCCGCGCACUGGUGACUCCCGGCUCCACGCCGGGAACCGGGGAGACGACACGACGGGCUGGAGAAGGGGCCGACAGACCCCGGGAGACAGACGGCUGGGGCGCGGGCACGCGCGGCCCCGGCCCACCGAGACACGGACCGACAGGCUCUGGCCGAGGGGCAGCCGCGCCGGCUUAUUUAUUAACAGGAUAACCUUGACUGUAGCCCCGGGCGCAGGGUCCGGCUGGUCGGAGGUGGCAGGGAAGCGCGGCCCUGGGAGAGGGGCCUCGCGGGCCAGAAGCAGAAUGCUGUGAGCGGGCGGCGCUGGGGGCGGCCCACUGUACUAAUGCAAUAAACACUUUAUCCGCUGA